UGGACGGCCAAAAGAAAAGGAAGAGGCAGCGAGAGGGGGAUUACGAGCAAGCAAGGUUUUCCAUUUGCUUGCCUGCUAACCAUGUGUCCUCGUGCCAGUCUCGAAGCCCUGCUAUUGCUCGCUCCAUUCUGCCCACCGCGCCCUUCCAACCCAGCCAGCUCGGAACCAGCUGCUCGGGCUGCCACCACCACCAUAUCCACUCCGACGAUCGCGCCCUCGGCCACUCGGGCAAUCAUCAUCAUCGCGGUGGUGGCGUCAUCGUCACCAUCGUCCACGGUAGCGUGGGCUCACCAGCAGCAGCAACACGCCAGCAACGCCCCGGCGGCCGCGCGGUCGGUCGGUGUCCCCGCGGCGGACAACUACACGGGCGCGCUGCGGCCGCAGGUGCACCUCUCGGCGCCGCAGGACUUCAUGGGCGGGCCCGGCGGCCUGUUCCUCGACGGCCCGGGGCUCUGGCAUGCCUACUACCAGCACAGCCCGAGGGGCGGCGGCGGCGGCCAGCAGCACUGGGGCCACGCGACGAGCCGGGACCUGCGCCGCUGGACACACGAGUCCGACUUCUCGCGGUCCGGCGCGGCGGCGGGCGCACAGUGGGAGAGCCCGGACCUGGUGCGGAUGGCGCAGCAGCAGCAGCCGGGCGGCGGAGCGUCGACGGAGUACUUCCCGGGCGACUUCAACGGGACGCAUUUUGCGCCGUGGGACGGCGCGGCGCGCGUGGUCGACUUUGCGCAGGACAACUACGGCGCGCAGCACUUCUCCGGCCUGCCCGAGGGCUCUGACGCCGUCGGCGUGGGCUGGGCGCCCAACUGGCGGUACGCCGAGUGCGUUCCGACGGGCCAGCUCGAGGGCUGGCGCGGCGGCUUCACGCUGCCACACGUCCACGCCCUGACCAAGACGCCGCGCGUUGGCUGGUCGUGCUUCGACGGCGGCGGGGCCGCAGGGGCGGGCGGGCCAGGCGACAGGCGGAUGGCGCAGCUCGGGCGGGAGGAGUUAUCGUCCGGGUCGUACUACAUCGACGCCAACGUGACGGGGAUGAACGCGGCCAGGCUGGGGCCCGACGCGCGCCUCAACUUCUCGCUGUCAUCGCCGUCGACGGGCGAGGCGCUGCGCUGGGGCAUGGGCUUCAGCGGCGACGCGACCUUCUGGGUCGACCGCUCGGGCGCGCGCGCGCUGUUCGACGGCGACGCCUCCUUCGCCAACAGGUUCUCCGUCGUCGACGCGUGGGACGACGGCACGGCGUGGCGGAUGCAGGCGGUGGUGGACCGCAGCGUCUUCGAGGUCUUUGUCGACGGCGGCAUCCACGCGGCCACGGUGCUGAUCUUCCCGGCCAGGCCGUUGGAUGUGUUUGAGGUUAGGGUCGGGGGGCUCUCGCCCGACGCCAAGGUCAGCAUCGCUGUUCUGAGGGGAAUCGUCCUACCUGGGGCGUGCUAA